AUGACCCACAACAGAGAGAAUAACCCACCACCCGAGACCUACCCUCACCACCUACACCACCAUCGCACAACCACCGAAACCCCAAAACCCAAACCACCCCAUAGGAGAAGAGACCCAAAACCCAAACCAUCGCAUAGGAGAAGGGCCCAUAAACCAACACCUACACCACCAUCGCCGCCAGCUUUUGAAGAGAAAAACCGGCACCCAUGGACGAUGCUGAGGAAGAAGAAGAGGCCGUGGGGUGCCAAGGGAGAAGAAGAGGAAGAAGAGGCCGUAGGGAGGAAGAAGAGGUUGUGGUCGGUGGUGGUUGCGAUGGAGGGGGCUACGACGACGUGGGGAGGCAAGGAAGAAGACAGUGAAGGAGAGGGUGAGAUAGAGAUUGAGUAG